UUCAUUUCCUCUAAAUCAAACAUCUCACAGAGUCCUUCUUCUUCUUGUACAAUCCUCUUCACUUUCUCAAUUUCCUUCGUCUCCGUUCCAAACACGAAACCGUUACAGAAAUGGCGGCUUCCGAUGGAAGCGAAUACUUCGAAUUAGGAUCACUCCAUAGCGAGAGCUUCGCUAUGGCCUCCAACUCCGAGACCGUGGCCGAGGAUGAAGAGGAGCUGCAGUGGGCGGCGCUCUCCAGGUUGCCGUCGCAGAAGCGCAUCAACUACGCCCUCCUCCGCGCAUCUUCUUCCCGUGCUCAACCUCCUACGCAAGACUUAGUUGACGUCCGAAAGCUGAGCCGCUCUCGCCGGGAACUCGUCGUUAAGAAAGCUCUGGCCACCACCGACCAAGACAACUACCGCCUUCUCUGCGCCAUAAAAGAACGCUUCGACAGGGUUGGGUUGGAGGUGCCGAAGAUCGAGGUGAGAUUCAGGAACCUGAACGUCUCUGCCAAUGUUCAAAUUGGUUCUAGAGCUCUACCAACACUGGUUAACUAUACUCGUGAUUGCUUCGAGGGAAUCCUAACUAAGAUGAGGUUAUGCAAACCUAAACGGCAUGCCCUUACCAUACUGAACAAUAUCAGUGGCGUUAUCAAGCCAGGAAGGAUGACUCUGCUAUUAGGACCUCCGGGAGCAGGUAAAACCAGCUUACUUCUGGCUCUCGCGGGCAAGCUUGAUAACAACCUCAAGACAACGGGUAGUAUAACAUACAAUGGCUGCGAGGUGGACGAUUUUUAUGUUCGACGGACUUCUGCAUACAUUAGCCAAACAGAUGAUCACGUUGCGGAACUGACGGUAAGAGAAUGUUUGGAUUUUGGUGCUAGAUGUCAAGGUGCAGAAGAAGGUUUUGCAGCAUAUACAACCGAACUUGGCCGCCUAGAGAAGGAAAGGAACAUAAGACCUAGUGCAGAAGUUGACGCGUUUAUGAAGGCAUCAUCUGUCGGAGGUAAGAAACACAGCGUGAAUACGGAUUACAUUUUGAAAGUGCUUGGUCUCGAUAUAUGUUCGGAGACAAUAGUUGGCAACGAUAUGAUGCGAGGGGUUUCUGGGGGCCAAAAGAAAAGAGUUACAACAGGAGAGAUGAUUGUUGGUCCAAGAAAAACACUAUUUAUGGAUGAGAUAUCAACUGGUCUUGAUAGCUCCACUACGUUCCAGAUAGUAAAAUGCAUAAAGAACUUUGUUCAUCAAAUGGACGCUACAGUACUCAUGGCUCUCCUUCAGCCAGCUCCUGAGACAUUUGAGCUAUUUGAUGAUCUGGUGCUUCUGUCAGAAGGGUACGUGGUAUAUCAAGGUCCUCGAGAAGACGUGCUCGACUUUUUUCAGUCAUUAGGUUUUCAACUUCCACCUCGUAAGGGGAUUGCUGACUUUCUACAGGAGGUGACAUCUAAAAAGGAUCAAGCACAAUACUGGGCAGACCCUUCAAAACCAUAUGUGUUCGUCUCAGUUGCUGAAAUUGCACAAGCCUUUAAAAAUUCGAAAUUUGGAAAGUAUAUGGAAUCCUUGCAAAGUCAUCCACUUGAUACAUCAAAAGGUCAUCCUUCAGCUUUGGCUAGAACUAAAUAUGCCGUGCCAAGAUGGGAUCUUGCCAAAGCUUGUUUUUCUCGAGAACUCCUCUUGAUAAGAAGGCAUAGCUUUCUUUAUAUCUUUAGGACCUGCCAGGUUGCUUUUGUUGGAUUUGUCACAUGUACAGUAUUCCUACGAACAAGGUUACAUCCCACAGAUGAGGUUUAUGGACGCCUUUAUCUUUCUGCUCUAUUUUUUGGGAUGGUUCACAUGAUGUUUAAUGGAUUUUCUGAGCUACCACUCUUGAUAAGUCGGCUUCCAGUAUUUUAUAAACAAAGAGAUAAUUUGUUCUAUCCUGCAUGGGCGUGGUCUGUUACCAGUUGGGUUCUACGUGUACCCUAUUCCGUUGUUGAGGCUGUUAUAUGGACUGUUGUUGUAUAUUACAGUGUUGGAUUUGCUCCAUCAGCAGGAAGGUUUUUUCGCUACAUGCUUUUACUUUUUUUAAUGCAUCAAAUGGCAUUAGGUCUCUUCCGUAUGAUGGCAGCUGUUGCACGUGAUAUGGUUCUUGCCAACACAUAUGGAUCAGCUUCACUACUUAUUGUAUUCUUACUAGGAGGAUUUAUUAUACCUAAAGCAAUGAUUAAACCGUGGUGGAUUUGGGGCUACUGGUUGUCCCCCCUUACCUAUGGACAACGUGCUAUCACAGUUAAUGAAUUUACUGCUACAAGAUGGAUGAAGAAAUCCGAGAAUGGGGGGAGCACAGUUGGUUACAAUGUCCUAGUCUCACAGAGCCUACCAACUGCUGACUACUGGUACUGGAUUGGUAUUUCAGUUGUACUUGUCUAUUCGCUUUUUUUCAACAACAUGGUCACUGUGGCCUUGACCUUUCUGAAUCCCCCACAAAAAGCACGAACAGUUAUUCCAAGUGACGAUGACUCGGAAAAGAAAUCUUCAAGAGACGGCAGUAAUCAUGUCUAUGAAACGAGUCCCCGCGCCAAAUCUGCGAGAGAGGACAGUAAUAAGAAAGGAAUGAUUCUUCCAUUUCAACCACUGACAAUGACAUUCCAUAAUGUGAAUUAUUUUGUUGAUAUGCCAAAGGAGAUAAGCAAGCAAGGAAUACCUGAAACGCGGUUGCAGCUGUUGACAAACGUGAGCGGUGUUUUCUCACCCGGUGUACUUACAGCGUUAGUGGGCUCAAGUGGGGCUGGAAAGACCACUUUGAUGGACGUACUGGCUGGUAGGAAAACUGGAGGCUACAUAGAAGGGGAGAUUAAAAUUUCGGGUUACCCAAAAGAGCAACGAACAUUUGCCAGAGUAUCAGGAUAUGUUGAGCAAAAUGAUAUUCAUUCUCCUCAAGUAACAAUUGAGGAGUCACUAUUGUUUUCUUCAGCUCUUCGCCUUCCCAAGGAAGUUGGAGUUGCUAAAAGACUUGAGUUUGUUGAACAAGUGAUGAAACUAGUUGAGCUUGAUGCUUUGAGAAAUGCUUUGGUUGGUAUGCCAGGUAGUUCUGGCUUAUCAACUGAGCAGAGAAAGCGAUUAACAAUAGCAGUGGAGCUUGUGGCAAACCCUUCCAUUAUUUUUAUGGAUGAGCCUACUUCUGGACUUGAUGCACGUGCAGCAGCUAUUGUUAUGCGAGCUGUUCGAAAUACUGUUGAUACUGGUAGAACUGUAGUUUGCACCAUACAUCAACCAAGUAUUGAUAUAUUUGAAGCAUUUGAUGAUUUACUUCUUAUGAAACGUGGCGGACGAGUAAUAUAUGGGGGGAAACUGGGUGUUCAGUCACAGAUAAUGAUUGAUUACUUUCAGGGAAUAAAAGGAAUUCCCCCCAUUCCGAAUGGGUACAAUCCGGCCACCUGGGUGCUUGAGGUUACUACGCCUGCUACUGAAGAGAAACUUAAUAUAGAUUUUGCAGAAGCUUACAAGAAUUCGGAUCAAUACAGGGGGGUGGAGUCUUCUAUCUUGCAAUUUGGGCAUCCUCCUGCAGGAUCUGAACCACUGAAAUUUGAUUCUAUGUAUUCGCUAAAUCUGUUUUCCCAAUUUUUACGAUGCCUAUGGAAACAAAAUCUUGUAUACUGGAGAAGUCCAUCGUAUAAUGCGAUGAGGUUAUACUUCACCACAAUAAGUGCUCUGAUAUUUGGUACCGUAUUUUGGGAUGUUGGCUCAAAAAGGGAAUCAACUCAAGAGCUGUUCGUGGUUAUGGGAGCUAUGUAUUCUGCAUGCAUGUUUCUUGGGGUAAAUAACUCUUCUUCUGUACAGCCAAUUGUUUCAAUAGAAAGGACUGUGUUCUAUAGAGAGAAAGCUGCUGGUAUGUACUCUCCAAUAGCUUAUGCUGCAGCCCAGGGGCUAAUAGAGGUACCAUACAUCGCUGUUCAGACGAUAGUAUUCGGUAUAAUCACAUAUUUCAUGAUCAAUUUUGAAAGGACAGCAGCAAAGUUUUUUCUCUAUCUGGUGUUCAUGUUCCUAACGUUCACCUACUUCACCUUUUACGGCAUGAUGGCCGUUGGUCUUACACCUUCCCAGCAUCUAGCAGCUGUUAUUUCUUCAGCAUUUUACUCCCUGUGGAAUCUUCUCUCAGGUUUUCUCAUCCCAAAAUCGAGUAUUCCCGGGUGGUGGAUUUGGUUCUAUUAUAUCUGCCCGAUUGCAUGGACGUUACGUGGUAUUAUAACGUCUCAGCUUGGUGAUGUGGAAACCAUUAUAGUGGGACCUGGAUUCCAGGGCAGCGUGAAAGAGUAUUUAGCUGUUACUCUUGGAUAUGACUCUAAAAUCAACGGAUUUUCAGCAGUGGGCCUUUCCGCCCUUGUGCUUAUUGGAUUUAUCAUUCUCUUCUUUGGUUCUUUCGCUGUAUCAGUCAAAGUCUUGAAUUUCCAAAAGAGAUAAGUGGAUAAUAUUGUUACAAAAUAUGAGAGAAUUUAUUAAGCAAUUCUUUAAUAUCACACCGAAAUUCUGACAUUGUUUAUUGAAUAAAAUGUCAUU